ACGCCAUUCGUCCAUUUCGACCACCGGUCGGCUGCAGGCGGCAUCUUUCCUUCUAUCAUGUGAUUAUUUCUUUCUAAAAAAAAAUUACAGAAAUAUAAUAUAAACUUCCUGAAAUAUAAAGCAAUAAUGUUGCAUUUAGUAUUGCGUAUAUUUGUGUAUGUGGUGGUUAUUUGUCCAGUUGUGCAUAUCAAUUGCAAGUCGGCCGAUAAAAACGUGGGAGCACAUUACGUGAAACAUGAUGAAGGCCAUACCCACAAGCCAUCCCUGCCGUGUGACGUCUGUCCCAGGCAAGGACAGUGUGUCCACAGAGUUCAGUGUCCAGCUCACCGCAGACCUGGCUCCUAUAACCCUGAGUGCCAUCUCAAAGCUGGUCAGCUAGGAGUAUGCUGUUUCACUGGCAGCGGCCAUGCUGCUGAGGCAGAUCACAAAGCCCGUGCUUCCGCCUCCAUCAGUGCAGUAGACAUGAAGACUGCUCAUCAUCAGUCUCGAGAGAAGCUGACCCAGUGGCUUGGAAAGGCAGAUAAGCUGCUUGCUCAUAAGGAUGCGGUGCUCAACGAGUCGUCGCCCGGAUUUGGACAUCAUUUGUCCGUGAUGACAUCAGACAAGCGAGCUGAUAUCUUGGGUCGCGGCGGUCUUCUAAACCUGUUCGCUGCACUGGAACUCAAGGCUCGACAGGCGAUAUCUGAUGAGGAACUCAGCUUGGGACUCACUGAUCACACGGAUGGUCCUUUUUGCCCGCCACCUCCGGCAUGUCCAUCGCCACCCAGCCGCUACAGAAGCCUCGGAGGGGAGUGCAACAACCCAGCUGUGCCUGGUUGGGGUGCCGUACACUCAGGAUAUGAGAGACUCCUACCGCCUGACUACAGUGAUGGUAUUUGGGCAAUGCGCACUUCCACCACUGGCUUCCCGCUGCCAAGCGCGAGAGCCGUCAGCAGUAUCCUCAUUCUGGACUCCAGCCAUCCGAGCCCCACCCACAAUCUCAUGUUCAUGCAGUUUGGACAGUUCAUAGCGCACGACACCAGCGCGCUGGUCAUGUUCACCAUUGGUAACGGUAGUGCUAUAUCCUGUUGCUCCGGCGAUGGCGAAGCCUUCCUCCCACCAGAGAUCACACACUGGGCUUGUGCUCCCAUCGUGGCGGACCCAGCCGAUGAAUUUUACGGCCAGUACCGACACCAGUGCCUGAACUUCGUCAGGACGCAGUUGGCGCCUGCCAGCGAUUGUUCUGUUGGUUAUGCGAAGCAGAUGAACGGCGCUACACAUUUCCCGGACCUAUCACAUCUUUAUGGCACUACUGGAGAAAAACUUACAAAAUUGAGGGGACCUGGUGGUCUUUUGAGGACCUUCGUCGAUUACGGGAGAGAGCUGCCUCCACUCACUGAGAAACAGGAAUGCAUGGCUACUAAAAAUGGAGCAGCGUGUUUUGAAUCAGGAGAUGGGCACGGAAACCAGAUAAUAUCCUUAACGGUUCUCCACACUAUCUUUACCAGAGAACACAACCGCAUCGCCAGAGCUCUAGCCAGACUGAAUCCGGACUGGAAUGACGAGACCGUCUUCUUAGAGACCAGGAGAAUUGUACAGGCUCAGUUCCAGCAUAUAAUUUAUAAUGAGUUUUUGCCGCUUCUUAUUGGUCCAACGCUGGCUCAGUCCUUUGGCCUGACGCCUUCCCAGGGCUACUCCUCAUCAUACGAUGCUCGUGUGAACCCAUCUCUGACGGCGGAGUUCUCCACAGCCGCUAUGAGAUUCGGACAUUCAGUCGUCGAAGGAAACAUUAUGAUUCCUAGCGUCCAAAAAAAUAGCAUUUACGAGAGGAUAUCGAUCCCCGAGGUGAUGUUCCAGCCGACGCGGCUGAGGCUGAAGCUGUUCCUGGACCGGUUGUUGACCGGGCUCGGCUGGCAACCCAUGCAGGCCGUGGACCCCUUCGUUACUGAAGGGUUGACCCGCUAUCUCUUCCACGGCGGUAACCCGUUCGGUCUGGACUUGGCGUCCAUCAAUAUCCAGCGAGGCCGCGACUACGGAGUCCGCUCCUACAACGAGUACAGAAGACUUGUGGGGCUCUCGCCGUUUGUGGACUUCAAGCAGUUCCCACCAAGCGCAGCUCAACGCCUCUCCUCCGUGUAUGCAAGUCCAGAGGAUAUUGACCUCUGGGUAGGAGGACUCCUUGAAGAGCAGACAGAGGGCGGUGUGGUCGGACCCACAUUCGCUCUCAUCCUCGCAGACCAGUUCUCCAGGAUUAAGAGGGGCGAUCGGUACUUCUACGAGAAUGGACCUGAUGUGAACCCUGGAGCGUUUACUCCAAGUCAACUGGCGGAGAUAAAGAAGGUAUCUCUAUCAAGGAUCGUUUGCGACAACAGCGACAGGAUUGAGCUGAUCUCACAAUCUCCCAAUGCGUUCCUCCGAGCUGAUUUACCAGGGAAUGAACCACUUCCAUGCGAUAGUCCCGCCAUUCCAUCGCUGGACCUCAGCAGAUUCAAAGUAAUAUAGACCAUGAAUCAUUUGGAUAAAACAUCAAAUGCUCAAGCAAAAGUACAGCUAUUAAAAACUUAUUCAACGAACCUUACAAUACCAGAUCUUGGUACAUAUUUUUUUCUUUUUAGUUGAUCUAUGUCCUAGCGCCAUUUCGAUAAAUUUAUUUUUGACAUAUUAUAAAAUAAAUAUAUCAUUAGACUUUUUUUUCUAAAGUUAAAUAUGUAUAAAAACUUUUUCAAAAUGGUACUAGGAAAUUAUAAAUAACUAAAUCAGGCUUAUCUUCACUAUAAUCUGGAAUUUUCAGCUCUUAUUUCAUACUGUAUCUAUUCACCUUCGAUCUUCACAAGUUUUUAGAUUACUAUUACAAUCGGUAAAGACGUUUUGGUUGCAUAUUGUUUGUUUUGUGAAAUAAAGUUCAUUGACAUCUUUUCCUUCAUUCUUUAUCUGUUCUUCGAUAGCACUAUUAUUAAUAACAUCUAAUGAUUUAAUCUCUGACAACCGAUUCUGUUACAAAAGCGUUCUCACCAAAUUGUGAUCCUGCUUCGUUGAUUGUCUGAUUUAUUGAUCAAAUAAUUUUGCAUGACUUUGCUUUACCUUUUGUGACAAAAUCGUGAUCUGUAAUAAUUUAAUUAUCAUUAAGUGAUUUGUCUGAAUCAAAUCUUUCUUUGGUUUUAUUUCUUCUUGUAAUUUUUUGUUUCUUUUCUAAUAUCACACUGGUGCCCGAACAGUGAGAUAAUAGAAACACGGAAUAAAACAUUGAAAGAUUUGUUUCAACUUGUUUUUUUAUUUUAUUUUUAUUAAAAGUGUUAAUUGUUUUUUCCUCUCUGAUUGAAAUCUGUUUAUUUCUCUAAUGUUAAUGAACUUUGUUACAGAAAGGUAAAGAUCUGAACCUGGUUUAAUGAUUUUUUUGCUUAAAAAAUCCAGGAAUCGGGAGUUCAUAUGUUUGAGAGUGUAAUUGUAAUUCUUUCGACUUUUUCAAUUUUAUGCGGUUCGUUUCAUUAGUUUAAAAUAGCGUUACAUAAAAUUGAUGUUGAUAUUGAUUAAUCAAAAUAAAAGGCUCAUCUUGUCACAAAUGAAAAAAAAUAUCAUUAAAUUAUUAAAGAAAAUUAUUACGAUUAGGGAUGGUAAAGACGGUGGUCGAUUUGUCGUGGAAAAAACUUAAUUUUAAUAAAGAUUUCACAAAAUAUAUUUAGAUAGUACUUUUGCAAUUUAAGGAUAUUUUGUAAAUGUUUGUGAUUUUAUUCUCAAUUAUCAUGUUUAAAAAAUUAAUCGUUCUUUUAAUUAAUUAAUAAAUCAUUAUUAUUACAGUGGCAUGAGUUCGUGUAUAUUUUGUAAAAUACAAUUUUAUUA